AUGGAUAGAUACCAGAAGGUGGAGAAGCCCAAGCCAGAAUCUCCGAUAAACGAAAAUGAGAUCCGUAUCACUUCUCAAGGUCUGGUUCGUAACUACAUCAGCUAUGCCACCACACUUCUUCAGGAGAGACGUGGGAAUGAGAUUGUCUUGAAAGCAAUGGGUCAGGCGAUAAGCAAAACAGUAGCUAUUGCAGAGAUUAUAAAGAGAAGAAUUCCUCGACUGCAUCAAGACACUGCCAUAAGUUCAGUAAGAAUAACUGAUACAUUUGAACCCAUUGAAGAGGGCCUUCAGAUUGUGGAGCAGACUCGCCAUGUUUCCAUGAUUUCAAUCACCUUGUCAACUAAGGAGCUAAACAAGAAUUCUCCAGGGUACCAAGCUCCAGCUCGUAUGGGGCAAACUAAACAACAAUAUAAUUAUCAGCCGCAGCCACCGCAACAGCAACAGCAACAGCAACAGCAACAGCAACAGCAACAGCCACCGCGGCAACCGCAACAGCAACAUAUACAGCAACAGCAACCUCUUCCUAGACAAGCACGUGCAGUGUACAACAGUGGUAAUGGAGAUGCAUAUGGACGUGGAAGGGGUCGUGGCAGAGGGAGGGGACGAGGUUGGAACAGAGGUGGAUAUGCAAACCAUCAAGAAAAUGACGGAUAUGCAAACUAUCAAGGAAAUGGUGGAUAUGCAAAUUAUAAAGGAAAUGGUGGAUAUGAAAAUUAUAAAGAAAAUGAUGGAUAUGCAAACUAUCAAGAAAAUGGUGGUGGGUAUUCUAACUUGGGCCGAGGUGGAGGGCGUGGUGGUGGUUGGGGUUAUCGUGGUGCUGGAUAUGGUAGAGGCAGAGGCGGAGGUGGCCGAGGCUAUGGCUAUGGUCGUGGCCGUGGAAGGAUGGGUGGCCGCUCAAGGGGUGGCAGGGGUGGCAACCAGGCAUAG